UAAACGCACAAUGUUGAGUAUUUUGAUUAUUUCCUGCUUAAUUGCUGGAAGUUUCUCUCAAACAUUUCAUCCAGGUCCUUGUCCCAAUGUUCGUACUAGGCAACGAAUUGAUUAAAAUAAAGUAUGUAUUGAUUUCUCAACUAUAAUUACUUAAAGUCUGAUUAUAAUAUUAGAAAAAAUUUACACAAUCAAAAUUUUUUUUUUAAGAUGAGAGGAACAUGGUAUACGUACCAACGAUGUACCAAUGACUGGGAUAAUUUGGAAAAAUGCGGGAACACUUAUUGGGGUGAACCCAAAAACGGUGUAUCAUUAGUUCGUUACACUAGUGAUUCAAAAUUGAGCAAUAAAACCUCAGCAUUUGAUGCCGAAGUAUCUAUGACUGAUGAUAAUUCACUAUCUUACAAUUUCCAUUUACCAAUCCUAGGGAAAUUAGUUCAAAAGCACUGGUUUCUAGACGUAGACUACAACAAUUAUGCAAUAAUCAUCAGCUGUGAAAAUCGAGGAACUGAACAUUAUCUAAGAGUUUGGAUAUUUACACGAAAACCGACACCGACUAUAAAUAUGGAAGAAAAAACUCGAAGGGUAUUUCAAAGUUGCAGUAUCUGUUCCCCAGAACUGGUUAAAAUUGAUCAACAACAUUGUUCUUACAAUUUUAAUCAGUACCGUACACCUUACGAUGGGUAUCAGCAAUCUUAUUCUUAUAAUACAGAUGAAAAUAAUUUUUAUUAAAUUCAUCUUAGAUAAAAUUGGUGUAUUUUUGACAUUCACUAUUAUGUAUGAAAUUUCAAAACUAAAUAAAUAAUAUCAAUUAUUCACAAUAUAUUCAAGUUUCGUCAAAGUUUUUUUUUUAUGCUCUUAAAAUUUGGAUAUUUGAUGAAAACUCU